AUGCAUGAGCACGAGUUUUCGAGACUCAAGGACGUACAGUUUCCGGACGAAGUAGCUGCUCUGGGCCAUGUUCUGGAGCUCAUUGACGAGAUGCUGAUGACACGCGAAGAGGCUGUGGUUAAAGCUGCAGGAUCAAAUCAACUGGCAUGGCUGCAAUUCCUCCUAGAGACCCACGAUGACGAUCUCAUGGAUGCUGUUGCCAGUGCCGCAGCAAACGGUGACAGCGACAGCGAUAGUGACAAUGACAGUAACGACAAUGACAACGGUAACGGCAAUGGUAACAAUAAGUUGCAGUCGGUGAGUCUCGACGUGCGUCCAUUAUUAAGGAACGCAAUUGUGGCAGCAGCACGGAGUGGGCAGCUCCCUAUCGUCACUGAUUUCUUGCCGCGACUUGCGGGGUCCGGUCGCAUUAGUGACGACAUACAAGAGAUGCACGACGCAAGUUGGCAAGCUCUGAAUGAGGGCGCGGCGCAUGGCCACCUUAAUGUGGUGGUAUACGUGGUGGAGUUUGUGACUCAAUGGGGUUACAUUGAGGACUACACUUCUAGUGAUGAGGGUGACGCUCUACUGCUGGCGGUUCGCGGCGGACAUGGUCACGUGGUGCAGUUCCUGCUGCAAGGGUGCUUAAUCGCGUGGAAUACUCAAGACGCACUGGCAGAAGCUCUUCUCUUUGAGCAAAAUGAGGUGGCCGAGUGGAUAUGCGAUCUGCAGGACGCUGGGGAGGAGGCCUCGGAACUUGGCACUGAAUAA